AUGGGGACUCACGGUCGACGACGCCAUUCCCGUCGCCAACCUCCACCGGUGCUACUUCCGCCGUCGACCUCCACCGGCGCUACUUCCACCGCCGACCUCCACCGGCUCUACUUCCGCCGCCGUACACGCGAUUCUCGUCCCCGCCGGCCAAUCCAUGGCGGCUCUGUCCCAUUGGACGCCAACCGAGGGUCCCUACUGCCGACUUCUGACUUCUCCGUCAUCCGCCGCUCCAGCGCCGCCGAGCCGGCACCGACGUCUACCACCCAUGACAGCCGCUUCAGCCCCGCCGCUUCUUCCUUCAUCAACCCGACAUCCGCCACCCAUGACCGCCGCACCAAAUCCGCCGCGUCGUCCUUCAUCUCUCUUCCGACGAGGGAUUGUUCUUGGGUCAGUGCGGUGGGGGAAGAGAGCCCGCGGCGAAGUUAG